CCACCACCACCACCACCACCACCACCACCACCACCACCUCAACCUCGUCCACACCUCCACACCCGCCUCCACAAAUCCCAGAAGAACCAUUUCAGGUUUGGGAGGGAAAAAAAGUCUCGUGUCACCUACAUGAAUACAUGUAGCGGUUGGCGUCCGUGCGUAGAGUACUGGCGUAACUACUGGUUGGCUGCUGGCGGUGGUGGGGCGGGAUAAGGCGAGGGCUCUCACUGCUUUAAAGACCGGCCGCCGGCCGCUGCCGUUGCCGUCCUCGACGUCUUCAACACAUCACAUCACAUCACACUCACCGUACUCAUACUUAAGAAGUACUUGACGAUCAGACGCCUUUAUACUCAACUUCACUUGACAUAUCCUCCAUCCCUUCAAUCCACGAAUCCACCCAACGCAAUGCCCGCCGCCGCCGCCCUCGCUUCCAAAACCCUCCCCAUCCUCUCCGCGCUGGCAGGAGGGCUAUUUACCGUCACAGUCCUGUCGAAAACCAUCGAGCUGACCCGACCUCGGAACAACGCGGCCGCAGCGUCGGUCCCGAGUUUCGCCUUGGGCAGUCCCGAGCGCAGUGGUAUGUUUUUUCCUUCCUUCCUUCAAUGGUGGUGGUGGGGACCGUGGACGUGGACGUCGACGGGGAUAUGUGUGAGCUGAGCUGAUUGGAUGGAUGGCGUGACGAAAGGUGGUGGCAUAUAGUUACGCCCGGAACCAAACUCACGACAUGACAUGACGUGACGCCGUGGGCUCUGGAAAGUAACGCAACGAUAUGAUGUGAUGUGAUAUGUACCGGUAUUCACGUACUCUACUUAAUUGAUGGCGGAGGCGGAGCUGGUCGUGGUCCGGAUGUAUUCCUGAUCUCGCUCUCUCGUUUUUGCUUGCUUGCUUUUGCCGGACUGAUGGAAGCAUAAAUUUUUUUUCCUUUCUUUUCUUUUUCUGGCCUCGUUCCCUCUGGGCGAUGUGCAGUGCAGUGCUGCCUACCAGUAUUUUUUUAUUUUUUUUGCUUUUGUUCUUUUCUCGGCGUUGGGGGCGACGAGACUCGAGGGGGGGAUACGGUACUUAAUGUAAGUAAGAAGAAUUUGUUACCAUACUCGGUACAUCACUCUGCUGGAGCCACGAAAUAUGCAU